AACAGAGAGAGAGGGAGAGAGAAAGGUAAAAUACAACAUUUAACUAAUGCUUGACAUAUAUAAUGUUCUGAACUGUAAAGGUUUAUGUAACCAUCUUUGCCACAUUCCUGGCUUUGCUGGUGAAGUGAAGGUGUGAGAUGUAAAUCGAUUCAGAGCUGCUGCUUGUUUUCCUAAAAGAGCAACUCAAGGAAAAUCUGAACGUGCAGCAUCCUUUAUUAAGACGAUGAUUUCGAUGGUAGACUGUCCUCUGGUUCCAUUACUGUAUUUUCUGUGUCAGGUUCGUUGGAGGAAGAAGAAGAAGAAGAGAUGUUUGUUCUCAUCUGGGCGACUCUGCUUUUCUCUGUGAGAGUCAGCGAUGCUGAGACAGGUUCUUCAGUGUGGGGGAAACAAAGUUGUCCGUUGACAGAUUACUGUAUCACUCUAGUUGAAGGAGAAAUAACAGCGGAGGCCGGACUCUGUGUCGUGAUACCAUGCUCCUUCACUGUUCCUGAGGAUAUCAAAGUCUUACAUAUAGUUUGGUUAAAAUGUGAAUCGACUAAUCAUAAAUGUUACGAAGAAGACAUGAUUUUCCACAGUAACACCUCCAGCGAUCAGGUUCAGUCGGAGUUUAAAGGACGAGUGUCACUGCUGGAGUCUGAUGUGAGCCAGAAAAACUGCAGCAUCAUCGUCAAUGACCUGAAGGAGUCGGACUCUGGAACAUAUCAACUCAGAGUUAAAACUUUACCGAGUUCAGGUUCAUAUAAAUUCUUCCAAAGAGCAACUGUCUCUGUUCAAGGUCUGAGUCAGAGGCCCACAGUGAUGAUUCCCCCUCUGACUGAAGGACAGCUGACCACACUGACCUGCACUGCUCCUGGUCUCUGCUCUGGAUCUGAACCUACAUUCACCUGGAGGUGGCGAGGAAGAGGAGAGAGCGACGCUGACCUCACAGGAAACAUCACGGCCUUCAAAACUGAGAAUGUGGCUGAGUUCGCUAAGAGACGCAGCUCGACUCUGUCCUUCUCCCCUUCAGCUGAACAUCACGGAACCAACAUCACCUGCACGGUCCUCUUCCAAGGACACGUGAGCACAGAGGAGACGGCGACUCUGAGUGAGAGCUGUUCAUCAGUGCGGGUGAAAACAAGUUGUUGGAUGACAGAUUACUGUAUCACUCUAGUUGAAGGAGAAAUAACAGCUGAGGCCGGACUCUGUGUCGUGAUACCAUGCUCCUUCACUGUUCCUGAGGAUAUCAAAGUCUUACAUAUAGUUUGGUUUAAAUGUGAAUCGACUGAAGGGAACUGUGGUGUUGGAGAAAUGAUAUUCAACAGUAACACCUUCAGCGAUCAGGUUCAGUCGGAGUUUAAAGGACGAGUGUCACUGCUGGAGUCUGAUGUGAGCAAGAAAAACUGCAGAAUCAUCGUCAAUGACCUGAAGGAGUCGGACUCUGGAACAUAUCAACUCAGAGUUAUCGCUUUACCGAGUGAAGGUUCAUUUAAUUUCCUCCAAAGAGCAACUGUCUCUGUUCAAGGUCUGAGUCAGAGGCCCACAGUGAUGAUUCCACCUCUGACUGAAGGACAGCCGACCACACUGACCUGCACUGCUCCUGGUCUCUGCUAUGGAUCUGAACCUGCAUUCACCUGGAGGUGGCGAGGAAGAGGAGAGAGCGACGCUGACCUCACAGGAAACAUCACGGCCUUCAAAUAUGAGAACGUGGCUGCGUUCGCUAAGAGAAGCAGCUCGACUCUGUCCUUCUCCCCUUCAGCUGAACAUCACGGAACCAGCAUCACCUGCACGGUCCUCUUCCAAGGAAACGUGAGCACAGAGGAGACGGCGACUCUGAGUGUGAGCUUUUCUCCAAAACUCACACACAUCACGGAGUCGGCAGAGAAGCAGGAGCUUGACGGGAGGAGCUCCGUGAUGCUGAGCUGCUUCAGUCACAGCUUUCCCCCAGUCCAACUCUACUCAUGGUACAGGAGGAGUCAGGGAGAGGAACAGGAUGAACUUGUGUCCGAGCAUCAAAACCACACAGUGUACUCAAACCAGUCAGGAGUCUACUACUGCGUCGCACAAAAUGAAGUAGAUCAAACCACAGGAAACUCUCUGCAUAUCCUGAAUUUCCUCGUUCCUGCUCUAUUUGUCCUGAUGAUUAUCAUUUUAAUCGUCAUAGUUUUAAGACUCAGGAGGAAGAAAUCUAUUCAACAAGGAACAACAAACACCAAAUCCCCUUCUGGUUUCUCGGAGCAGUUGAGUCGUCCAGACGCCCCUGAACACCAGCCUCUUCCAGAGAGCACGCCUCCGACCGACAUCAACCUUGUUUACAGCAUUUUGAAUCUGCCCCAGGUGAGUCCCGGGUUGAGACAACACUUUAAACUAGAAAACAAUAAGUUAAAACAGUCUUUAAACAGAGACUUUAGUAAAACUCAAGAAGAUUUAUAUUAAAAAGAGUUUAAUUCAAAGUGUCUAGUCAUGGUGGCCUGUUGUCAGAACCGUGUCGUAGCACAAUAGAUUUUUUAAUUAUUUAACAACCAGUUGUUGAAACUUCAACAUUUAUAUCUAAUUGGCUUUAUGUAUAUUGAAAUCGUAGGAAACAGUGAUAAAGGAGAGUACAAGUCUAAGAUUCAGGAUAUUUAAGCCUCUGCCUCGUCACUUCUAACCUGUUACAGCUGUAAAACUAAUGAUUCUUCUAAAUACUCUAAAGCAAAUCUAGAUAUAUCUAGUUAACAAAUCUAGAAAAAUCUCUGUAAAAAACAACAAAAAUGGUUGAUUUUCAGUGCUUAUGAAUUGAAAACAAAAUUAAAAUGCAGUUUGUAGUUGUACUGCAUCUCAGAACCAUAUGUACAUCAAUAUAUAACGUUCAUGACUUAAAUGUACAGACAUGUAGCUGACAUGUUGAGAGAACGUGAGAGUAACGGUGAUCAAUAACAAUCAUGGUUUGUGCCAACUGUAGGGGCGUGCUUAGGCCCGAUUUAAGCUGGUCUAUUCAUUCUGUUGGGAGAACUGCUACUCGAUAGACGUAAGUGUUAUAACUCUGCUAAGAAAUUGUUUCUCAACCAGCGAACGUGGUAAAGUUGACUGUUAUUGCAAUUAAUUGUUUUGGCUAUUAUGCCAAUUCAUUUUUCUCAUUACAAAGUAUUUGUUUUUCACUCUUUUGUUUUAUUUAAUAUUGUCAUUAUUAAUGCUGCCCUUUUGGGCCUUCUUUUUGGGAAAACAAAAAUUCCCAUCACACAAACUACAUCUCCAACACCUCCUGAGAAUUUUUUUACCUAGGUCAACCGCUCUUGUACAUCUCUCUUUAACACGCAUGCACAGGGGAAAACUACCUGCAGUUUCUAGCCCCAAGCCGGUUUCAAGGCUCCCCUCAUCACCUUUAUAUUAUUUUAGAUAUAUUUCUCUUAUUUUAGAUAUUUUUCAUGAUAUUCAAGAGUAAUCUGGAAAUGUGUUGAAAUAUCAAAGUUAAUUUCGCAGACCCCCUGCAAUGCCGUCACGGACCACCAGGGGGCCGCGGACCCCUGGUUGAAAACCCCUGCUCUAAAGUCAUAAUUUCAAUAAUAUGUUAUCAAAUAUGUUUUAAUGGUGAUAUUACAAAGCAUCCAAAGUCCCAGAAUCUGUUAUUUGUUUUAUUUUGAGAACACACAAUGCAAGGAUCUGAAACAAGACAACAACAUGUGCACAUCAUUUUUUUAAAUUACGAAUAAAUAAUCUAUCAGGAUAUCUCCAACCCCUCAAAUUGACCAUGUAGAGCUGCUGCCUUCCAUCUUCUAUCAUCAGUAUUAAUCUGGCUCUACAGGCAGAUGUGUCUUUUACUGUUCAAGCUGUUGCUUUUCCCUCCUUGUUCUUCCAUAUCCUGCCCUCACUGUUUGCCCUGUCAGUAGCUCUCUAUCAGUGCACUUAUAUCUCAGUAUACUGGGGCCAGUAAUUAAAAGACAACCUGUACAGCAUCCAUUUUAGAGCAUGAAGGAAGAGAUUCAGUUGCUGCUUGAUAAUCACUGAUGUUUUCUGUCUGCAUCUGCUCAGGCUGCCUCUGCACAAAACCACACAAGACGGCAAGAUGGA